AUGUCUCUUGAUGUUCCUCUGAAUUCAACUGAACCUACAAAGGAGGGCCGUUUUCUAUCUGUUUUGAAUCAAGAAUGUAUUGAUCUCAAACUUUUGCAAGAUCUACUUUGGUCCGGCGUUCCAAAAGGUUCUCCGCCAGAGUUAAGAAGAGAUGCCUGGCAGAUAAUGUUGGGAUACCUACCACCAAGGAAGGAUCGAAAGAGUUCGUAUAAGCUGAAAAAAAUAAGCGAAUAUAGAUUGCUUUUAAAAGAACACAUUGAUCACGAUAAUUAUUCUGAGCAAGAAAAAAAGAUAUUAAGACAAAUUAGAGUAGAUCUACCCAGGACCUCAAUUGAAUACGAAUCUUUAAGGAAUCAAGUCAUUCUUGAUUUAAUGGAAAGAGUAUUAUUUCUUUGGGCAAUUCGAAAUCCUGCUAGUGGAUAUGUCCAGGGAAUUAACGAUUUAAUACCUCCUUUUCUUGUAGUAUUUUUACUUCCAUUCUGUCCAAAAAACGAUAUUGGGCUCUUAGAUAUUGGGAAAAUAUCUUCUGAGAGGAUGCUUGAAAUUGAGGCUGAAAUAUAUUGGUGCUUGACAAGAAUGCUAGAUACACUUCAAGAGAAUUAUGUUACGGAACAACCAGGAAUACACAAACUUAUUGUACAUCUACAAGAUAUUAUAAAAAGGACUAAUAAACCUCUAUUUCAACACUUGAAGGAACAAGGUGUUGAUUUUCUACAAUUUUCAUUCAGAUGGAUGAACUGUUUAUUAACCAGAGAAUUCCCGAUUAAAUGCGUUGUAAGGCUUUGGGAUACAUAUAUUGCAGAAAACACUCUAAAUAAAACAAAUAAGCCACUAAGAUCAAGUUCAAUCACAUCAUUGGAUAAGCUUUCUACCGGAAAUAGCGUAAUUUCACACUUUAAUGCAUUUCACGCAUAUGUAUGUGCAGCAUUCCUAUUACAUUGGGAAAAGGAACUUAAAAAUAUGGAUUUUUCAGAAAUCAUGUUAUUCUUACAAAAUUCUCCUACAAAAAAUUGGACAGAAAGAGAUAUUGAUUCACUACUUGCUCAAGCCUUUGUUUUGCAAAGUUUGUUCCAUUUCUCUCCAAGACAUCUAAUUGAUUAUUCUUCUUGA